AUUUGUAUUAUAUGUAUGGAUAUAUUCAGUUACCCACGUGUGUAAAUAUUCGUCGCAAGCUUUAGUUCGUUAACAUUAUCACCAUCAUCAUUCAGUAUCUUAUCAAAAUGAUGAUUAGGUCAAACCAAUGAAUCCACUUAUGUCAUUCAAACACAGAAUCCAGGGUGACAGUAUAAAUAGGAUUGAUGUUUGCUGAAGUUGAUCAACUCAACAAGCAUCGAUCAAAACCAUUUGAGCAGAAAUCUUAGAGUUAAGGGGGAAAAAAAGAAAAACUAAGUGUUUAAAAUGAAGCUUACCUUGGGAAUUACUAUAAUUUGGUGUCUUAAUGUUCUUCUUGUGUUUGUUGUCGGGGAUGUUGGUACAGCUACAUCAUACGAUCCGCCAUACCUGCCGACAAAAUGCAACGGGUACAGUCAACAACAGUUUCCUGAAGGAGGUUUGUUUGCUGCUGCAAGCAACGGCUUAUGGGACAAUGGAGCAGCAUGUGGCAGGAGGUAUCGCAUAAGGUGCAUCAGUGGCCCGAACAGACCGUGCAAGGAUGGAACCAUAGUCGUACAAAUUGUUGAUGCAUGUAGAUCAAAAUCAUGCCCAUCAACUCUUGUUCUUUCAAACAAAGCCUUUGAUGCAAUCUCAAGAAACUCUGACACCAAAAUUAACAUGGAAUAUGCUCAGAUCUAACUGGUGCAGGCUCCUUCGCGUAUGUUACUAGCCACAUGAUGCAUGCAAUUCCUAGCUCCCCCAACUUCAAUUCCUUUACUAAUUAGAAGAUAUGAAAUUGUUUUAUCUCUGCUCAUAUUACGGGAGCAGAUUUACAUGAAUAUUUCCCAAGUCGAUAUAAUUUUGUAAUAUGUACAGAGAGCAAUAUAAUCUGGAUAUUAAAAUGGUCGGUUCAUUGGUUGAUGGGUUUUGUUCAAAAUUUGUCUAUCAUCGAUCUAACAAGACUCUUCGUGAGAUUUAUCCACACUGGAUGAAGCCGUGAGAAAUAAAAUGACUAGAUAGUCAAGAGAAUUUUAUUGAAAAUAAUCUAUAAAUAACUAGAUCGUUAACAGAA